ACAAGACUAUAUCGAAGAAAGAAAACUCCCCACCCGAGGAGUGCAGGAAAGACAGAGGCAGAAUCUGCAGGAUGGCUUUGUUACAACAGGUGGUAUAUUUUAUCCUUUUUGCCUCAGUUUCUGGUGAGUGCAUCACUAAGCUCUUCAGAGACACCUGCUUUCAAGGAGGUGACAUAAGUACAGUUUUCACGCCCAGUGCGGAGUACUGCCAACUGGUCUGUACCCACCACCCACGGUGCUUGCUGUUCACAUUCAUGGCUGAGUCAUCUUCAGAUGAUCCUACCAAAUGGUUUGCUUGCAUACUGAAGGACAGUGUCACAGAAUCGCUGCCAAUGGUGAAUAUGACAGGUGCAGUUUCUGGAUAUUCCUUCAAGCAAUGCCCUCAACAAUUAAGUGCGUGCAGCAAAGGUGUGUAUGUGGACCUAGACAUGAAGGGCAUGAAUUAUAACAGUUCUGUUGUGAAGAAUGCUCGGGAAUGCCAAGGGAGAUGCACGAAUGAUGCUCAUUGCCAAUUUUUCACAUAUGCAACAGGGCGUUUUCACAGUGUGGAGCAUCGUAACACUUGUCUUUUGAAGUAUACCCAAAUGGGGACACCAAGCAGAAUAACAAAGGUCGGUAAUGUGGUAUCUGGAUUUUCACUGAAGUCCUGUGGACUCUCUAACUUGGCUUGCAUUAGGGACAUUUUCCCUAAUACGGUGCUUGCAGACACUAACAUUGACAGCAUGUUGGCUCCAGAUGCCUUUGUCUGUCGCCGCAUUUGUACUCAUCACCCCAAUUGUUUGUUUUUCACAUUCUUUUCCCAAGACUGGCCAAAAGAAUCUCAAAGACAUCUUUGCCUCCUAAAAACCUCUAAAAGUGGAUUCCCAAGCUCACGAAUUACAAAGAGCAACGCCGUUUCUGGCUUCAGUCUCCAGCACUGCAGGCAUAGCACCCCAGUAUUCUGCCAUCCCUCCUUUCACAAUGACACUGAUUUCUUGGGAGAAGAACUGGACAUUGUUGAAGUAAAAGACCACGAAACCUGCCAAAAAAUGUGCACCAAUGCUGUCCGCUGCCAAUUUUUUACUUAUUCCCCAUCGCCAGGCUCUUGCAAUAAAGGCAACCAUAGGGGCAGAUGUUACUUAAAACUUUCUUCAAAUGGAUCUCCAACUAGGAUACUUCAUGGAAGAGGAGGCAUCUCUGGAUAUACAUUGAGGCUGUGCAAAAUGGAUAAUGUGUGUACAACCAAAAUCAAGCCUAGGGUUGUUGGAGGAACUGCAUCUGUUCAUGGUGAGUGGCCGUGGCAGGUGAGCCUGCAUAUUACCUCACCUGCCCAGGGACACCUGUGUGGAGGCUCCAUCAUUGGAAACCAGUGGAUAUUGACAGCUGCCCAUUGCUUCUCUGGGGUAGAGAUGUAUAAAAACCUGCGUGUCUAUGGUGACAUUGUAAACCAAUCAGAAGUAAACGAAGAUACUGCUUUCUUUAGAGUUCAAGAAAUAAUAAUUCAUGAUCAAUAUAAGAUGGCAGAAAAUGGGUAUGAUAUUGCCCUGUUGAAACUGGAAUCAGCCAUGAAUUACACAGAUUCUCAGCGGCCGAUAUGCCUACCAUCUAAAGGAGAUAGGAACGUAGUGUACACAGAGUGCUGGGUGACUGGAUGGGGAUACACCAGGUCACGAGGCGAAAUACAAAGUACUCUCCAGAAAGCCAAGAUACCAUUGGUGUCAAAUACAGAAUGCCAGACAGGAUACAGAGAUCAUAAAAUAACCAACAAGAUGAUCUGUGCAGGAUAUAAAGAGGGGGGCAAGGAUGCAUGCAAGGGUGACUCUGGUGGGCCACUGUCCUGUAAACACAAUGGUGUCUGGCACUUGGUGGGCAUCACGAGCUGGGGUGAAGGCUGUGGUCAAAAGGAAAGGCCAGGUGUCUAUACCAAUGUGGCCAAGUUUGUGGACUGGAUUUUGGAGAAAACUCAAACAGUAUGAAAGAAUUCAAUAGGUAUCAUUUGGUGGCCCUGGAAGAUUAGUCCACAAGAGGGGGCUUGGUGCCACCGGUGAAGACAAUGGGAUGCUACAUCCUCCUCUAACAAACUGAAGGGGCUUGAAGGAUGUAAGAGGAUACAGAAAGAAAACAUAUUUUCCUAACUCCUGAUCUGUGAGAAUCAUAGAUCGCUUUCAACAUCCAGCUUCUACUCAAUGAAGCAAGAGGAUUUU